GUGUGACCUUCGCUCAUCUCUCUCUCUCUCUCUCUCUCUCUCUCUCUCUCUCUCUCUGCAAUUCUCUUUCUUUUCUCUCACUCACUUCAACUGAAAACCUAAGAUGCUGCAAGAUAUGUGGAACGCUCCCCCUGGUUUCAGACCCACCAAGUCCGCUCCUUCCUCACCAGCCAAGCCUCUUGGGGUUUCAAGAACUCGUUCCGAUUCCUUCCACGUGACCCACAAGGUCCCGGUUGGCGAUAGUCCUUAUGUCAGAGCCAAGAACGUCCAGUUGGUGGAUAAGGAUCCGGAGAAGGCUAUUCCUCUCUUUUGGGCAGCCAUUAACGCUGGGGAUAGGGUAGACAGUGCCCUGAAAGACAUGGCUAUUGUGAUGAAGCAACAGAAUCGGGCUGAAGAAGCUAUCGAAGCCAUCAAGUCUCUGCGUCGUCGGUGUUCAGAUCAAGCCCAAGAGUCUCUUGACAAUAUUCUUUUGGACCUUUACAAGAGAUGUGGGAGAUUGGAUGACCAAAUAACAUUGUUGAGACACAAGUUGUACUUGAUUCAACAAGGGCUGGCUUUCAAUGGGAAACGCACCAAGACUGCCAGAUCCCAAGGAAAGAAAUUCCAGGUCUCUGUGGAACAAGAAGCAACUAGGCUGUUGGGGAACUUGGGAUGGGCGCUGAUGCAACAGAACAACUACAUUGAAGCAGAAGAUGCUUACCGGAGGGCUCUUUCGAUUGCACCCGAUAAUAAUAAGAUGUGCAAUCUUGGUAUCUGCUUGAUGAAGCAGGGGAGGAUUGUUGAAGCCAAAGAAACAUUGCGGCUAGUGAAACCAGCAAUGGCAGAUGGCCCGAGAGGCACAGAUUCACAUCUCAAAGCCUAUGAAAGGGCACAGCAGAUGCUCAAGGACCUUGAGUCUGAAAUGAUGAACAAGGGAGGUGGGGACCGGCUCGAACAGCGCAGGCUCUUCGACGCCUUUCUUGGGUCUUCAUCGAUUUGGCAGCCUCAGCCUUGCAAGGAUCAUACUAGCAUGCCUACAUUCAACAAUUCAAUCGAACCCCGGGAUGGUUUCGCUGAUGAGAAUGUCAAUUCGAACAUAAUAGCAGACCAGCUGAGAACUGUCAAACAAGCUUCACAUACUGCUGCCAAUUGCUUAAAUAUUGCUGCAGCUCCAUUCUUUUCGUCAAGAUUUAUGAAAGAGCAGCCGAUUAUGAAAGACCGAGUCCAGAAUCAAUUUCCUGAGAGCCAUAAGAGAACAAGGUCUGGAAACCCUGCCGAUUCAAUCCGAAUGAACAGAAUGGGAGAGAUCACAAAGCUUCUUGCAGAAUCAGAAAAGUCAGAGAAUAAGUCACGAAGGCUAUCUGCUUCACCUGAAGAAACAGACAAGUUGAUAGAGUCGCUGCCAGACAACAAGGCCUUUGAAGAUGCUAUUUUGGGCAUUGAUGAGGCAGGAAAGCCAGCUGACAGCGGGAUAUAUCAGAGGAAGAUUGAGAAGAGGCUAAAGGCUUUUGAAGAUAUUACACUCUCUAUGAGCACAAGAGCCUGACUUAAAUUAGAUUUAAUAAUGUCUUCAAUUAAUUUUAAUUUCUUAAUUUUUGUAGUUUUUUAGGUGGGAGAUGCACUUGUUCUCCUUUCCAUUGAUUUAAUUCCUCUAAACUGCUACACUGUGUGAUAGCAAUUCUUUUAGGUAGAAUAGUCGUACGGUAGAUGUUGGUCUUGGUCCAUUCAAGAGGAGUUCAGCAUGCCUCUUCAACAAGGGGUUUAACAUAAUAAUAACUUUAUUAAUCUUUUGUGCA